UGAAAUAAGCAGGCUGCGAAGAUUGAAACAGGAUCCCGAAGCUGAAAUUUAAUUUCCUCCCCACCUUUCUGACAGCUGCCGCGGCACUUCGCAGGUUGAGCAGACGGAUCUCUGCUUUUGGACGUCACUCAAGUGCCAUUUUCGCAUCCAGGACUAGAAAGGACUGCUUGCAAACUUUCAAGGGCAAUUAAGAACAGCUGUUGGGUUUUCUUUCUUUUUUAGAUUUCCCCCCACUCUGUGGGUUCCGACAAAGAGAGAAUCAUGGCUGACAGCCAGUCGCCCUUUUCCUGCCAUUAUCCUGGGCGGCACCGAAGCCUUCGAGACCCAUUCAGAGAAUCCAGCUUGUCUUCUCGACUCUUGGAUGAUGACUUUGGAAUGUCCCCCUUUUCGGGAGACCUAACUGCGGACUGGCCGGACUGGGCUCGCCCACGGCUGACCACAGCAUGGCCAGGCCCGCUGAGAUCAGGGAUGGUCCGGAGCACAGGUCUUUCUCCACCGGGCUACGGCUCCAGGUUUGGGGGCUACACGGAAGGGGCUCCCUUUGGGGGAAGCCCUUCGUCCUUGUCUGGAGAGCCAUGGAAAGUGUGCGUCAACGUGCAAAGCUUCAAACCGGAGGAACUGACUGUGAAAACCAAAGAUGGUUACGUGGAAGUGUCAGGUAAACACGAAGAGCAACAAGAAGAAGGAGGAAUAGUCUCCAAGAACUUCACUAAGAAAAUCCAGCUUCCUGGAGAGGUGGAUCCUACCACAGUCUUUGCUUCCUUAUCACCAGAGGGGCUACUGAUCAUCGAGGCUCCUCAGAUACCUCCCUACUACCAGUACGGAGACAGUAGCUAUGGUAACGAGAUACCUGUGGACAACCAAGAAGCCACCUGUGCCUGAAGCUCUCCUUGCAUUUCCUCCCCUUCAACCCUUGCUCUUCCCUCCUUGUGUGACUGCAUUCACCAAAAGUCGAUUUGAUUUUGUACAUUUUCUUAUAAGAUCCUCUUUUGUAAAAACAUGCCCUGCUGCUUCCC